CUCAGUAUCCCGAUAUUCGAUGGUGUAUAAACUGAUGACAAUGCUACACUGCAUUGCAUUUUUUCUAAGUUUCUUUGCGUUCGUCUAUUCAGCGCCAGCAGCUCAGGACUUACCAAGAAUCAAGCUAGAAGAAGACUAUUCAGAAAACACAAUAAUUUACAAGGGGCAGAAUGAUAUACAUGGAAAUUACAGAAGGGCAAAGAGAUCAACUGUAAUUAAAAUACCUUUAAAAAACUACAAGAAUUACCAGUACCAUGCAAAAGUGAAAUUUGGGAGCAAUAAUCAAGAAUACAAAAUAAUGUUUGAUACAGGAUCUGGUUUCACUUGGAUACCAAAGAAACACUCGGAAGAAAAUACGUGUGCCAAGAAGUACAAACACUUUGAAAGUAACACCUUUGAAGACUUCCACACAGUCAUGACAACAGUAUAUGUAAAAGGAGAGGCAACUAUGAAAUUGGGAAGUGAUUCAGUCACAAUCGGCAACAUGGUGGUGAAUAAUCAAACCCUUGGUCUAGCAAUUAAAAGUGAUUGUGAAGGGAACGAAUAUGAAGGUAUCAUUGGUUUGUCAUUCCUCUCCAUUAACCAUUCAUCAAUUAUACAGAAUAUGCUGUCUCAAGGCCUCAUCAAAGAACCUGUCUUUGCAUUCUAUCUAAAUAGAAACCAUGGGAGUACAGACAGUGAAUUAACGAUUGGAGGUUACAAUACAGACCACAUUAAAAAUGAUCAACUGAACCCAAUCCAAGUAACUGAUCCUGAACAUUGGCAGGUACCGAUUGAGAUGGUGCGCUUUGGCAAACAGGUGAUUGCCGUUUACCAAAAAGCAAUUAUAGACUCAGGCUCUUCAUUAAUAGUUGCACCUUUCAAAUUUCUCCAAUGCUUCAUUGACAUCAUUAGAAAAUCUUAUAAUAUUGAUCUUAAAAGACAAGAGAACGGCUUGCUUUCAUUUAAAAGGAAUCAAUCCCUUAAACUACCCAACAUUACAUUUGUCUUGGGAAAUAAUCUUUACACUCUAACUGAGAAAGACUACACUAUUGAAAAUGAUCAAGAUAUUGAGAUCAGUAUUUCUUUUAUAGAUUACAGUUCAGAUACUUGGAUUCUUGGAGAUUUAUUCUUACAAAAAUAUUAUUUAGUUUUUGAUUAUGGUAGAAGAACAAUAUCUUUUCCAAAAACAAGGUUUAUAGAUGGAGAUUUGUUAAAGUCAAUUAUUGAUCGACAUUUGCCUUCAAAAGGGAAUUCUAUGAAUAUUGUGAGAAUCCAAGAAAAUAUUUACUUAUUGAUAUGUUUAUUCAUUAUUUUCAAGUUAAAUUUUAUUUUAACAAGUUAGUAUAAACCCAUUGGUUACCAAUUUCGUUCCAAACAGACUCUGAAUUUCUUAAGUGGACAUUACUCAAAAUUGAUACAGCAAACACAGCUGUAUCAAUUAUUUUUUACAAUCUCUUGAAAUAAUGCCAUCCAUGUCAACCAUUGAUCCUAUAACACCUUAUGAAAAUAGUCGACUAGUUUGUAACAACUUACGCAACCAACUUAUAACUAGUUUGUAACAAAGGACAUCCCACCAAAUAGCAAAACAUCCUACAACAUGUUUUUUUCUAAGCAUCUAAAAUUAGAAAUGACCAACCUCACCAAUUAAAUCAUGGAAUUUAUUCAAGAAUAUAGCCAUCUUAAACAAAUGCCACAAAAAAAUGGAGGCAGUUUUUAAAUUUAAUUUUUUAAAAAUAGUUGUACCUUGUUAUGAAAUGCCAUUCAACUAAAAACUUUAAAAAAGAUUCCUCGUUAACUUAAACACUUACCAUUAUCGAAGUUUAAAAAAAAUAUAUAUAGACAUAUCAGUAAUUAUGGAAUUCUACAAAAUUUAUGUUUGAAACAUAAAAUAUAAAAAUCUUAGAGUUUUACAUUACAAUUACAAGUACUAAAAUGAAAAGGUUUUUAUGAGAAUAAUUCUAAGAUUGUUUCUUGAGACUUCUAAUAACUCAUAUCAUAAGCAAUCACAAACAAAAUCAUUUUAGAGUGAGAAAAUCUAAUUUUAUUAAACGAUACAAAUUAUUAAUUAUUACCAAAUUACUACUUUCUCCUGGUAUAGGGAAUCAUCUUUUAUAUCAGCACUUAAAUUAAAAAAGAGAAGAAAAAUUAAAUAAAAUAAACAUUAAUAAUUAAACAACAACAAAAAAAAAUUGUUUUAUUUCACUGAAGAAGUUCUUGUUUUUCUUUUUUUAAGCUUUGAAAUGUAUUUUUCCAGGAGCUAUUGCAAAUACUGACUCAACUGUGCACUUAAGAAAUUCAUUUAAUAGAUUUUUUUUUUUUUUUUGACAAAUAUUCAUAAAACCAUAACCCCUUUUACUAAGACUUACUGAAUCAACAAAAAUUAAUUCACCAAUAGGACAUUAGCAAGAAAAUAAAUUUAAAAAAAUAUUAAAAAUUACUGACUUUAAAAACGUGACUUGACUUACUUGACUUGUUUUAUGACCGACUAUCAUACCAAAAUACCAAACUGACAAAGAAUAUUUCAGAUUAUAAAAUAUAUUAUUGCAAUUACUGUUGAAAAUAAGAUUUGUUAUUCAAACAAAAUGGGUUUAUAUUACAUUCAAAAUGAACAAUAUUAAAUAACUGUAUAACAUAAAGAUUAUUAAAACAUUUGUCAAAGAAUUGUUCUCUUUAUUCUUUAC